AUGGAGAAGAGAUUGUACGGAUGGCAUAACGGUGUGCCUCAAUUCCGGGGCGAUGGCGGAAUGGAUGGGGUGGGACCUGAACAGCACAGUAACUUCAGUGGACCUCGAUUCGUAGGAGAAUUCAGCGAAGGGUUCCAGAGGGCAAAGGAUCUCCAUCAGAGAGAGGAUUUAUGGGGCCGAGAAAGUAUGCAUGGAGAAGUCACAGCCCCGGUCUCUGCUUCGCGGUAUCAUUCUGCAUAUCCCUCAGAACAAUUCCGUCCGUACGUGGGAGAAUCUGCACAGAAUCGGAUGGCACCUCCAGAGUCUGCGGAUUUCGUCCCAGGAGAUGUACCGAUGAAUUAUAUGGAGCCUAUGAAUGUACCUAUAGGAGUGACAGAUACUCCAGAACCUAUUAGUGUAUAUUCGUCACACGUUCCCAAUGCUGUACAACCAGUGCUCUUCAAUAGGGAGUUACAGGAUUCACCAUUAUGGGAUUUUAGAGGAUAUAGUGAAGUGUCCAAAAGUUUCAGAGUACGCGGUAAGGCUGCGCUUUGA